AACGCUUUGGAUCUUUUUAACCACGAUUUCUUCAAGUUAUUAAACAAUUGUAUUAACUUUUAACUUUAUUUUUAUUACAAAUUUUUAAAAAAAAGGUUAAUUUAACGUCUUAAAAAUUAAUUUACCAAUUUGUACUGAAUUUGCUUGUGAACUCCAACUGUAAAAAUGGCCGACGUCUUAGAUUUGAACGCUGAAGACUUUGUUGAAGAAGAUGAUGAGACUAUUUCUAAGCUAAAAGAGAAAGCCAGGAGAAAGAAAGGACGUGGUUUCGACGAUAAAACAAAAAGAGAUGAUAUUUCAAACGAAACUAUGGAAUUUGAAACUGUUCACGAUCAAGCAGAAGAUGAUGGACCUGGCCCUCAAAGAUCUGUGGAAGGAUGGAUAUUAUUUAUUUCUUCUCUACACGAAGAAGCACAAGAAGACGAUUUACAUGAUAAAUUCGCCGAAUACGGAAAAAUCAAGAACUUGCAUUUGAAUUUAGACCGUAGAACUGGUUUUUUGAAAGGUUAUGCUUUGGUAGAAUAUGAAUCGUACAAAGAGGCUUCACGAGCUCGUGAUGGACUUAACAGUACAGACAUAUUGGGACAACAAAUAAGUGUCGAUUGGUGUUUCGUCAAAGGACCGAAAAAAGUGAAAAAGUCUAGAAGAAGGAACUAUUGAUGCGAAAUUUGAUUUAAAUUUAACAAAAUACAACCACAAAUUAGUAGGCAUGCUAAAAUUAAGUCCUACAUUUCUGUAAUAAUUUUUUUUUAUCUAGUUGACUGUAUGAAUUAAAACAAAAACGUACAUUAAAGAAAAGUACUUGUUUCGUGUAUGUAUAACAAAAACUGAUCAAUAAAAUAUUUGUCAUAUUUAUGUAUCUCUUUUUAAAAAAGGCAGGAUUUGAGUUUUCACCUGAAAGGUACCAUUAAUUGUAUGCUAUGAAAAGUUGGGUAUAAUUUGUAUGUUAAAUAAUAAGUAUAAAAAUAAAAUAUCUAUUUAAAAUUCCUAUUCAA